AUGGCGCCCAAUUACAUCAUUAUCGACAGCGACAGUGACAGCGAUAGUUCGGCUUUGAGCAGUCCUCGUGCUUGGGCUACCCCUCCGAGAACGCCUAUACAUUGGUCGGAUUCCGUCGCGACUACUCCAGAGAGCAUUGCCUCUUCCUCUUCCUACGUCCAAUCCCAGCGGGAUUUGGUACCCGUUCGGAUUAGAAGACCUUCUCUUCAGUUGCCAGCCCCACGCACGCAGGCCGACAAUCUCAAAGACAUCAACUGGAGGAGAUCAAUCUUUCUCAAAGCCAAUCAGAAUCUCAUUAAACCCCUUGUCGGAAACAGCCUUCGUGAUAAUCUCGCCAGCACUUUGGACUGCAGUGACUUGAAACCCGUUCCCUAUGUUCUUGGUUCUCAACCUCAAAGACUUCGAGCGAGUCUGAAGCAGUACCAGCUCGAAGGAUUCUCGUGGCUUUUAUACCUAAAGAAUAAUGGCGUGGGCGGCAUACUGGGCGACGACAUGGGCUUGGGAAAAACACUCCAAACCCUCACAGUCUUUCAGCACAUGAAAGAUCACGAGGCUUAUAGGGAUCACAAAUUCCUUGUGGUGUGUCCAUUGAGUGUUUUAACGACUUGGGUGACCGAGAUUGCCAGAUGGACGACAGAUAUUGCUGCCCUGGCAUACCACGGAAGUGGUAAAGAGAGGGAAGCGUUCCGAAGGCGAUUCAGGCAAAACAUAGGACAACCAAUUGACGUUUUAAUCACGUCCUACGAGACACUUUGCAGCGAUAUGUUUUUCUUCCAAUCUAUGACUUGGAGCUAUAUUGUUCUAGACGAAGGACACCGGAUCAAAAACAGUCAAGCCAAGCGGACACAAGGAGUGUACAAGCUCCAGGCUGAGUAUAAGCUAGUUCUAACAGGUACACCUAUUCAAAACAACCUGACGGAGCUCUGGUCAAUUCUCCAUUGGCUCUACCCAGAGAUUUUUGUUCCGUCCACGACACAGAGCUUUGAUGAAGCAUUCUCCUUGACGAAAGGUGCCUGUGACAACGACUUUCUUGACAGCCUGACCAAGUUUCUGCCUCUCGUGAUGCUCAGAAGGACGAAAAGCUCGGCUCACAUUGGUCUGAAUAUUCCCGACAAAAAGGAGACUAUAAUAUCAGUCCCGCUUACUGAUCUGCAGCUCGCCUGGUAUCACGAGAUUUUGACUGGCGGGAAGGAUUUGGUCACUCCAGGCCCAACCAGUGGACUGGUGAGAGCAACCAACACCUUCCAAGGGUCAAGUUCAGCACAAGAUAUCGAAGGACUCAUUGAUCUAGCAAUGGAUGAUUGGGAGACACAAGGAGCAACUGGCUCCAAGAAGAAAAGUCGAAUUACUACCAACGUUCUCAUGGAACUACGGAAGGUAUCAAUACAUCCAUACCUUCUAGCAGAUGCUAUACCUGAGGAUUACAACCUCGGCGAGCACAUCAUUCAAACAUCGGGGAAGUUUAUCGUCCUGCAAAAGAUGAUUCGCCAGUUUGUGGUUACUGAGAAGAAAAAAAUAAUCAUCUUCUCUGGUUUUGAUCAAGCGUUGAACCUAUGCGAGGAUCUCCUUCAAAUGGAGAAGUUGCAUGCUCCCUUCAGCCAUGUCCGUCUCGAUGGAGGCACCACGAAUGUUUGGAGAAAACUUUCCCUGUUCCUCUUCGCGAAUGAUCCACUGUGCAAGGUGUUUCUUCUUUCCAUCCGAGCAGGCGGAGAGGGAUUGAACCUCGUCAGCUCCUCUACGGUUAUAUUUAUCGACGACGACUGGAAUCCUCAAAUUAUGAGGCAGGCAGAGGCUAGAGUGCAUCGACUUGGUCAGAUGGAGCCGGUACAGAUCUUCCGGCUGCAUGCGAGGGGGACUGUUGAGGAACAGAUGCGCCGCCGGUUAACCAAGAAAGCAUACUUGGCAGAUCAGGUCAUGAAAGCUCCUCUGCGAGAUAGUAGGUAUUCGCCCAUGGACCUAGACUCCGACUAUUCUGAAGAACUAGGCUUGGCUCCUCGCAACACCAUGGUGCACGAUGCCCUCAGUGUCAAAGAGCUGGCUAAUUUGGACUUGAGCUCUAUCCUGCAUUGCUGUACUAUUGAUGAGGAGAACGCCUUUGAAAUGUCAAGGGCCGAGAAGAAGGAAUGGCUGGAGCGUGCGGAGAGAGUGAAAACAAACAUCUUCAACGGGGAGCAGAUUGAUACCAGCUCAAGAGGUUAUUCUGUGUACAAAGAGACCAUAAUCGGCGUGUCGAGGGCCAGCCGGCGAAUUGGAAAGUCGAGAGUUGUGAUGGUGGGGGAGUGGGAAGUCUCUAGGGAUAGCGUUGAAGCAGCCUUGAAACUGAACAGCCCAACCAAACCAGAGCCGAAGCCCAAGGCAGCGUCAAAUGCAGGAAAAUCCAAUGAUACAACCUGCUUUCUCUGCCGCCAGGCCGGGCCGAUAGACUGUGAGAUAUGUCCUCGAGCCUUCCAUAAAGCGUGUCUAGAUGUCCAAGAUGACCUUGACUAUACCCCAAAGCGCAACACUCUUAUAUGCCCCCAGCACAAAUGUUGCGGAUGCGGAAAGCCGGCAUCCCAGGUUGGAAGACUCCUUUUUGCCUGUCUUAAUUGUCCUCGUGCGUACUGCGAACAUUGCCUUGAUUGGAAAAAGACAACCUAUAUUGGCAAUGACCCCAAGGGAGAGAGCUGCGGAUACUUCCCUACCAGCGCGUACUAUAUCAUCUGUUUUGCUUGCCGCGCCCCCGCACAGAAGAGGCAGUUGGAUGACAUGGAUAUUGACACUUCGAAGCGCCCAAAGCACUACUGA